AUGCACAAAACCAAAGAUAGCAAUUCACCAUUGCCAUCUGAUCUAGGAAAAACCUCUUCUGGUACAUCUGCAAGUUCUUUCCUCACACAGCACCCGGACAGUCGGAACUACGUAAAUUCUCAACUUCUUGGUUUGGUUCCGACUUCUACUUCUUCAUCUUGCAUCUCUGCUCUCAGUUGGCUCUCAUCCUCAGCGAACUCUCGACACACUUCUGAUACCACGAUCCUGAGUCACCCGCCCAAGAAUCUCUCUGUUCUUGGGUCUAAAUCUAUUUGUGGUUCUGUCGUUACUCAAUCGCCUACCACUGGUAGUAAUUCAAAAUUGCACACAGACUUCUUGGAAAACCAGUUCUUGCUUCCAUUUUCAACCGCCACACUGCCUCUAGACCCGUUGGCACCGACGCUUUCUCUCUCCUUGAAUGCCGUUCCGAUUAAGAGCAACUUCCCAAUUAAUAAUAACACCAAUGAUCCCCAUACCUUAACUCUAAAUGUUACCACACAUAUUUUAGACCGCGAUAAGGAUAGCAACGAUGAAGGGCCCUCUAUUGUCCACAUGGAGGCUGCUGGUGACCUACACGAUCUCGUUGAAGCCAAAUCCAGCAGGAACGAUUCAUUUGCCCUCCCGGGAACCUAUGUUAACCUUCCAAGUCUGUUAACUGCUCAGUCUGGAUGGCAUCCACAAAGGCUUAAGCAGUCUAGCAACACCCAUUUGCCUUCUCCUCUGACUACAGCUAAUCCAUCUGUUGCCAAACGAUCUACGGUAUUCUCGGGGGAAAUUUUAACAACGGCCCUAUCCUCAGACUCUUCUCACAGUCUUUCGGAGUCGACAAGCAUGAGACCAUCAGCUGCUUUUGUCAAUCCAGAUGGCGUCAUUGAGCACGAUGAUUUUGUUCGCUUUGAGCUAAUGAAACAGCAGCAAUUUGGCACUACUUUCACUUCUAAUAGCAAAAAUUUGGCAAUCUCAUGUACAACUAUCGGUUCCGCAAUCAGCACCAGUUCACCAGCAGUCAGUUCCACUUCUUGUUAUGCAAAUCUUUCACCUGCAAACGUCUCAUUGGCUUGCGCACGGCCUGCUAGGCCACUGAGUUCGCUCUUUGAAUCAGUUGAUAUCCCCUGUGAUGCCGGGGCAACUUCUGCUGCUUUUGCAUCUACAAAGACAAUAACAGAAGCAAUCAGACCUGAGGUAAUCACAACAUCUAGUUUCAUCCCCUUAACUUCAGUUGGUGGCUACAUACCUGGAAAUGGCUUUUCUGGUCGAGCUUCAUUGCCGGCCCAACUUGCUCCAUUUUGUGCGAUGGGAGUGUCGCCAGAUACAUCAUCGAUAAAAGUAUCGACUGCUUCACCCACUAAUUCAGGUGGGCAAGUGGCGAGUGCAGUUCACAACCAGAUUGGGGAUUUAUUGUAUAACCACCACACCUACCGACAACAGCAACAACAUGAACAAUUUAUGUCUUCUUCAAAUGCCUGGCUGAUUGAUAUGCCAGAUGAGGUAAGCUGUCGUUUAAAUAUAGGAUAA